CUCUCAUUCUUUUCUAUUUCAGUAUAUCUCCCUUUCGUUCUUUUCAUUUUCAAAACUUUUGUUUCAUUUCUAGAGUCUCUCCACUGGGUAAGCAGAAACCUUAAACCAAUUGCAGUAGAUUUUGAUUUCGCGUUAUCCUUUGUGUCUUCUCCUUCGAAUCUCAUCAACUACUCCAGGUUUGUGUCUUCUUUUUAGAUUUCUCAAAAUCCCCUGUUUAUGAUUCUGAAAUUUGAGAAUUAAAUCCAAUUUCAACAAAUGAUGAACAUUCGGCGGUGGCGAUGAGAUGGUCGUAACGAACCUCAUCGUCUGGUUGUGCAGGAAACAAUCGAGGGAGGUGGGAGGUGUGGUUGAGCUGCAGCCAUAAUCGCUUGAAAAUAGGGUGCUACGCUGUUGCCACCAUAAUCGCUUUUUAGCUUCGAGUAUAUCUAUUUCUUUCAGAUCUCCUUUGUUUACUUUUUCAUUAGAUUCAUGUCUUUUAGCCUCCGAUUUGCUUUAUCAUUUUGGUGGAGUUCUCUGGCAUUGGAAACACUAGAUAUUCUUUCUUCACUCUCUGCAUGUGGUUUUUUGUUUCCAAUUUCAACUUUAUAUUUGUCCUUUUAUGAUUUAGUUUCAUGAUUUAGCUUUAGUUUCAAAAGUUGCUGUUAAAGGUUCAAUGAAAGAAAUUGAAGAAAGUGAACACUGAUAAUCGAAAUAGUUAGGCAAAGCAAAUUGGAAGCAACUGCAGAUCUACUCACUCAAUUGCAAGCCAAAUCGUGUCUGAUAAUAAGAAAAGACAGAUAAGCAUUUAGUAAUUUUCACCUCGCCAGAACAUGGAAGACAAGUGGGAAUGGCAAUUAGAGAAAGAUGUGAUUUAUUCGACAAAGUCUACUUACCAAUAUCCAACACACUCUAAGCCCCAAAGGGAGGAAGGAAUAUUCAAAACGUGGUGGAAUGCUUUGGUAGCUAAGAAAGUAUGUGCCCUUAUGUGGGAAUUUCUACUGAGUAAAGGAUCAGUUGAUUGCUAGAGAAAUUAUUAAAUGUUGAAGAUGGUGGUCCAUGCGAGGAGUGUGGAGAACAUGAGGAAAAUGUUGAUUACUUGUUAUUAACUUGUCCUGUAAUUUUAAAGCUACAGUUAAAGUUCUUUAACUGGUGGGAUGUAUCAUAUAAAACUUUAUAUGAUAG